AGCUUUAAUUACAAGAUGUCAGACUGCAUGAGUGUGAUCUGGGCUUUAGGAAGCAGUAUGGCUCAGAGUGGACCUGGAGCGCUGUAUGCAUGGGAUGUGCAUGACGUGUGUGAACUCUUUGCCAGUGUAUUUGUUUCAAUGAACUGGGCAUGUGUGGGAUCAUUUUUGGAGUCUCUGCAGGGAUUCUGCCUUCUGUUGUGUUUGGGUGUGAGGUUCUGUGUGCUGCACAUAAACACAGACCCAAAAUCUACAACCUCCCUGAACCACACCGCUGUAAACUACAUGGCCUGUCCAAACUUUCAAAUCCAGGUGUGGAGUUGAGCAGCUAGUUUGAGAGAAAGAGCUGUUCUCUAAAAUGACAGCUUCCUGUCCACAGGGAAACAGUUUGCACACUUUUGUUUUCUUCCAGCAGGUGCUGUGCAAUCCAUACCACCUGGCUUUCUGCUCGACCCCUGAGGCCUUAAUGAAGAUGGCAGAAGGGUCCAAAGAUCGAGGAGGUCCUGGUCCUGCUGAGCCCGAAGAGGACUCCCCCAAUAUGAUUGUCUACCGAAAGAUGGAAGACAUCGUGACACGAAUACAAGACGAGAAAGCAGGAGGUGUUGCCAUCCGGACCGUUAAAAGCUUCCUCUCCAAGAUCCCCAGCGUGGUAUCAGGGGCAGACAUUGUUCAGUGGCUGAUGAAAAACCUCUCUAUUGAGGAUCCAGCUGAAGCCAUCCACCUCGGGAGUCUGAUUGCAGCUCACGGCUACAUCUUCCCCAUCAACGACCACGUUCUGACUCUAAAGGAUGAUGGAACCCUGUACCGAUUUCAGUCUCCGUACUUCUGGCCCUCUAACUGUUGGGAACCAGAGAACACAGACUACGCCAUUUAUUUGUGCAAGCGCACCAUGCAGAACAAAGCCAGGCUUGAGCUCGCUGACUACGAGGCAGAGAACCUUGCCCGGCUGCAGAGGGCUUUUGCCAGGAAGUGGGAGUUUAUUUUCAUGCAAGCUGAAGCUCAAGUCAAGAUCGACAGAAAGAAGGACAAAGCUGAGAGGAAGAUCCUUGACAGCCAGGAGAGGGCGUUCUGGGACGUACAUCGGCCUGUGCCGGGCUGUGUUAACACCACUGAGAUGGACAUCCGCAAAUGUCGAAGAGAGAAGAACCCACACAGGGUGAAAAAGUCGGUCUAUGGUGUACCAGAUGAUGGUCAGAGCCAGCCUAGUCCGGUCCAUGUGAGCUCCCAGCCGGCCAGGAAGCCCACCAGAGAGGAUGUUCAGAAGGAGAUUACCUUCUUGAACACCCAGCUGGACAGACACUGUAUGAAAGUUUCCAAAGUGGCUGACAGUCUGAUGACCUACACAGAGCAGUUCUUGGAAUACGACCCCUUUGUGUCAGCCGUAGAUCCAUCCAUCCCCUGGAUAACUGAUGAUACCACUUUCUGGGAUUUGGAGGCAAGUCGUGAACCCAGCCAGCAGCGUGUGAAGAAAUGGGGUUUCUCCUUGGAGGAGGCCCUGAAAGACCCAGCAGGACGAGACCAGUUCUUGAAGUUCUUGGAGUCGGAGUUCAGCUCAGAGAACCUGCGGUUCUGGUUAGCAGUGCAGGACAUGAAACGAAGGCCACACCAGGAGGUGUCCUCGAGGGCUCAGGAGAUCUGGCAGGAGUUUCUAGCCGAGGGAGCACCGAGCUCCAUCAACCUGGACUCCCACAGCUAUGAACGAACAAGCCAGAACCUCAAAGACCCUGGAAGAUACAGCUACGAGGACGCUCAGGACCACAUAUUCCAGCUAAUGAAAAGUGACAGCUAUGCACGCUUUUUGCGAUCUAACAUCUACCAAGACCUCCUACUGGCUAGAAAAAAGCAGCCAGCAGACACUGAACAGGGCCGCCGCACCUCCUUGGAGAAGUUCACCCGCAGUGUGGGCAAGUCUUUAACAGGAAAGCGGCUGGCAGGCCUGAUGCAGUCGUCCUGACACCGCCUGUUCUGGAGGGGAACAGCCGGAUCCCGUUGGUGGGGGAUCAGCCACGCAGGGACCAGGAUGGCGGCACCGGAGCGGACUGGGCUGCUGCGGAGCCUAUUGGACUUUGCUCCGAUGUCUGCUGUCCUAACGGUGGUGUGGUUCUGGGCCUGCUGGAGCUCAACUCCCUGAACAGAACUGCCGAGAAAAACUGCAAAAGGAACUGACCGAUCACAUGGCAUGCAGCAUAAAGCACAUCCAGACCAAGGAGCCCUGCUUCUUCAUCACGUCAGUGGCAAGCUGGUUGCUUUGAUUUGAUGCUGAUUGUUUUCAUUUUUGUUGUUUUUGUUGACAGGAUCUGCCACAUUUAUAAGGAUAAAACUUGUUUAAGUUAUGUAAGGUCAACCCAAAUCAGACAGGGAUCCAUUUCUGUUUUCACAAAGGCAGCCAGCAAUAAAGGAAGUCUGAAACCACUCUUUUUCUCUUAAAAUCCAUCCUAAUCUAGAUCCAAAACUUAUAUUCUAUCUAUUUAUUUUUAUAUGAAGUCCAUGUGAGUUAAUGGUCGACACAUUUAGCCAUCAAUCAGAUAAUAGCGUCAGAUAAUAGCGCCCCACAAACACAGAUAUUCUUUCUACAAAACACUGAUUUCUUUUUAAAAAAAGGCUUCACUACAUUCCAGAAUCAAGCACAAGGGCUUAACGUAGCAAUCAUACUGCACUUCUGCACGUUUCAUCUAAAUAUGGUCACACUUCCUCCUUUCAGCUGACAAAUCGGAUCACUGCUCCCACAGCUUCUAGGAUAACGGUUCUAGUGUUUUAGAAGAGCUGUAUCAACUCCAAAAGGAUCUGAAAACCUUAGAGGCCUAAAACCUGGCUCACUAGCAUGAUUUGAGCUUUUAGAUUAGGUGCAGUUGUUAUAAUCAUGAAACAGAUCUGUGUGCUCGUGUGGUGUGUAAAGUCUUUAGUGCCAUGGGUCCAUCCAGUGCAGUUUAAACCACAGGACCAGGACCAGAGUGUUUCCAGUCUACCUAGUGUGGGAUUAUUCCCAUUUCCUUGCUUUUCUUAGUUUGCACGAAUAUCUCCCAUUUUCCGUUCCUCAAACCAACACCCAAUUGUUUCAUUUAUGUUUGAGAAGUUCUUGAGUGUUUUUGGGUGUGAAUCGAUGCAUGUUGGAGGAUGAGCUCUGAAAACGGAUCAGGGGAACAGCCUCCUGAAGCGUGCUGCACACGGAGAGGUCCUUCAGCUCCACUGUGGCUGCUACCUUCACAGGAAGUGCUGCGAGGGAGGAGAUUUUACUCCCACAGCUCCCCCAUGAGGCUGCGGACCGCUGCAGUGGCAAACCAGAACACACCUGAAUGACCCUUUUUUUUUAUAACUAGAUUUCCUGCAAUGCACUGUACAGGCCGUCUUACUAAUUAUCAUUAAUAUCAUAAACCAGUAACCUCUUAAUUAUAAGGCAGAGAUUCGUAAGUCGAUGUUAUAAAGACAGUGAUACUAUAAACUAGUUACAUUUGGGUUGUUUUUAUUCAAAAGCACAUUUUAUUAUGAUAAUGGCACAGUACUAUGCAUGUUACAUAUUCAGGGCAUUUUGUGCUUUUAGUUUCUCAAUCAGCAAGAUAACUAAUGGCACUGUAAAACACUCAACCUGCUAUCUGUUCAUGGGUACCAAACAAUAAAAGCUCUGGACCUGUC